CCUCCAAUCAUGAAGCAGCAAAUUUGCGUAUUCAGCAGGAGUUAAACUGCUUACGUUUACCAUUAGAAAGGAGUGAUGUGAUUGGCUAGGACGGCGUGAAUUUGACCCAAGAUGCAACAUUUUUCCUUACACCCCAUUCAAAAGUAAAAGUUGGUGUCUGUUUACAUGAAAUCUGUUGCUCUUCUGUCCAUAUUUCGCAAGUGUACACAUCCGCUGAACUGUCCUGGUCAGACGGAGACACCAGGUUCAACCAAUGAACCCAAGCAGCUGCAAGAAAAGCAGCCGAGGCGUUUUUCGAAUGCGUUAAUUCGUGCGAACAGCGGGCAGUGUCGGUCACAAAUGGACACGAUUAUCAGCAACUGACUCAGCCGUCGUGUUUAUCUUAGAUAAGAGGCCGAAAGGAUCAGAAUCCGGAGCGAACGACACUUGCGAUGGCCGGUUUAGGGGAUCAGUUUUGUCUGCGCUGGAACAACUUCCAGAGCAACAUCGUGUCCGUGCUGGACAACCUGAAGGAACAGGAGGACCUGGUGGACGUGACACUCGUGUGCGAGGGCCACGCGGUCAAGGCGCACAAGGUCAUCCUGUCAGCGUGCAGCCCUUACUUCAGAAAUGUCUUCAAAGAAAACCCGUGCCAACAUCCGAUUGUCAUCCUGAAAGAUGUGCAAAACACGGAACUCGACGCUCUGCUGAGUUUCAUGUACCAGGGCGAGGUGUACAUCUCACAGGACAGGCUUUCGUCCUUCCUCAGGACGGCAGAAAUUCUGCAAGUCCGAGGACUGGCAGGAGCCACUGCACCUGCUGGCUUACUGCAAACGGACCAAACGCAAGCUAAAAAUCGGAGUAAAGGUAGCUCAGGUCGAGGCUCGCCGCUGCCCCUGCUAAACCCGAUCCAGAAGGAAGCGACCUCGCCCCCUCAGGCCAAACGAAGAAAAACCACCCCGAGAAGGGUUGUCGAAAACGCCGUUGCAGCUGUGAGUCUUCCCCAGGUGGGGGUGAAACAGGAACCUAUGGACGAUGAGCAACUGGGUAUCUGCAGGGAAGAGGACCAGCUCAAGUUGGACGGCGACGAUGAGGAUGAAGAGCCUGACGAUCCGUUUUUGCCUCCGUCAGGUUCUCAAAGCCCUCUGGCCAGCGAUGAGUCAACUAGCAUGCUUGCCAGAUCAUUAACUGCCCCUCGAGAUGCCACUGGAUCAAAUUCUCCUCUACAAAAUCUCCUUUUAAGCGGAAGCGUGGAAGCGUCAUUGUCAAUUUCGGAUCAGCAACAGCAAUUGUCGCCAGGGUCGUCGGUGGGCUGCUUCGGGCGGGGCGCGUGCCGCCGACCCCGCGAGUGCCCCCUCUGCCGGCGCACCUUUAGCAACCACUUCAACAUGAAGCAGCACGUGAUGAACGUGCACGCGCCGCCCGUGCCGGCGCAGUGCCCCAAGUGCGACUGCGUCGUGCGUAACCGGCUCUACCUGCGCAAGCACCUCGUCAAAGCGCACAACGUGCCGCUCAGACGCGUCUUCGACAGCCACGGCCGCCGCGUCUACGUUCGCUCCCCUCCCUCCUCGCCCUGACCCUCCGGACCUCCCCUCUUCCGCCAAGGACCGUAAACGAACUGAAGGAUUUUUACUGCCAUAACGGAAAACGCGGGCGACCACCCCCCAUGGGACCCAUUUUAGUCCUGAUGGCUUACCCCGAGUGUCACAAUCAAUAUUUUAUUACUUUUUUAGUCUCGUAAAUGCUAAGCAAAAAGUAAUUCUUUUUUUCUUGUUGCAAUAAUUUAAAUUUGUCUAAAUUUGACCAUUUCGUCCUCGGUAAAUUCUUUUUAUAGGACGAAUUAAUACUUGAGCUUCCAUUUUUUAUAAUUUCUGCAUGAAAUAUUUAUAUAUAAAAUAUUACAAUCUUAUCGUUCAUAAAUGAAGUCUUUACAGUACAGUAUUUUUUAUUUUGAAUAACAAUAUUUUGAUUCUUAUCAUCAUAUUAUGUAAUACUUACAGAAAUUAAACUUAAAAUUUAAUUGCUAUUAUUUGGAUGUGAUGCUCAAGGUUGGUUUUUAAAUUCAUUUUCAGAAAUUACCCCUCCAGAUUCAAGUUUCAUUGGGUGGUUAAAUCCCAAAAGUGCCAAACCAGAUUUACAGUCAACCCCGUUCCUCCACAGUUCCUUGCAAUUUCGAAUUUAGUAUCAAACGGAGCCAAAUCAAAGGAGAGGCCAAUGCAUUUGUUCAGUGUACCUUGCGUCAAUUCACGCGCACAACAAUUUGUUCAGCAGGCUGCACCGCUUGUCUUCUAUAUUUGCAAGUGGGUAACAAAAACUGAGUGUGUAAAAUUAUAUACAUGUGUGCAAUUUAAUCAAUCUUGCAUGAAGAUGUGUUCCAAGUACAAAAGUGCAUGACACGGUGAAACUAACAUAUACAAAAGAGAAAGUUAGCUGUAAAAAUACCCUGUAUGUGAUUUCUAGGGCUCAUAUCACAGGCCGUAACAUGAGUCUUUGCUAGUCUGUGGUUCAUAGAGCUUACACUUGCCCAUAUUUUGUGUAAAUGACGUCUGAAUGAAACUAAUAAAAGCAACUAUAUAUCUUAUACAACAUUAACCAACUCGCUUCAAUACGCUGCAUUUCAAUGCACCUCUCUUUAACGCACAAACUAAUGUUCUUAGCGAUUUGACUAAUUUUGGUGGAAAUUUUGGUGUUGAUCAGUCGCUCAACAGGCAGAAAGCCUUUUUCCAAAUAAUUUUGACGCCAGAAUUUCCACUCUCCGCCAGCAAAGAGCGAAUAUAAUUAACGCGCAGUGUGGAGCAGAAUGCUGGAAAGGGCCACGGUGAUUGCGGAUUUGAGACGCGCUCGUUUUGCU